AUGAGUGAAAACGAUCUCAAUCGUUAUUGGCUCGCUAAGUUGGAAAAAUAUACCAAAAAAAAUUGUCACCUAUUUUCAUUCAUUUUCAUUUACAGGCAACACUAGACUCGCUGAUCGGGUCUGAGUUGCGCUCUUGUACAGCUGGUGUCGUUGAAGUGAACGCAACUGUCGAAUGUAUCAUUUUUUUUUUCUUUUCUUUAUUUGUCAGGGUUUUUAACUGUUGAGACGUAAAUACGAGACUCUUGUUUUGUGACCAGUGAAAGGAGAGGCAUGACCACUCAAGAAAAGUUCGAUGCUGCUGUCAAUGUCAUCAGGAGUCUGCCUAAAAAUGGUGCUUAUCAACCGAGUCACGAGCUCCAAUUGCGUUUCUACGCGUAUUACAAACAGGCGACCGAAGGCCCGUGCCAGCAAUCGAAACCUGCUUUCUGGGAAGUUGUGAAAAAAGCUAAGUGGGAUGCCUGGAUGAGACUCGGGAAUAUGAGUCGCCAGGAGGCGAUGAAUAACUACGUCGAGGAGUUGAAGAAAAUUGUCGAGACAAUGUCCUACACCGACAAUGUUGCCACAUUCUUGGGGAGUCUGGACGCCUUCUACGAGAGUGUACCCGCUGAGGAUCUUGAACUAUUGGUGGGACCAGUUAUCGAACGUAUAAGGUCACAACCUGGAUCUCCACUCUCGGGAUCCCCUCUAGGAUCAAGGGAAACAUCCCCUCAGAGAGUGCGGAACCCGUCGAGACACAUAUCAAGCAGCUUGGAAACGAGUCCGGCGAGUAGUCACAGUGCGAGUCCUCUUCCUCCAGACACAGACGGCGAGGAUGAAGAAUUCAAAGACACAGUCGAGGUCGUACCCGAGAGGUUUGUUGCGAAGUCUGCUGUGCAGAACAAUACCAAGAUCCCGAAUAACCUGACGAAUGGGUUCAAGAGCGACCCUGAGGAGACCAAGUGCAGCCAUGAAAGGGGACGCUCCAGGGAGAAGAAGGACAAUGAAUUUCUCGAUCAGAUUGCUGUCACCAUGCAGAACCUUCAGAGGGAUUUGGACAGAAUAACCGGCCGGGUCAGGGGACUCGAGGGCAAGGCGCUGCAGGCACUCGCGCCCCAGCAUCAACAACCAAGUAUUUAUCCCAAGUGGUGGCCACUGAGGGACUGCUCCCCUCGGAUAUUCGCCCUGAUGAUAAUGUGGCCGUUCUUAGCUCAAGGUCUCAUAUCCCUUGUGCAACGCUAUCGUCAAAGAAAAAUGUGAUGUUCCUGAUACGGAAGAUGAGACAAAUUUGGCAUAUAAAUUCCCCCAGGAGUCUCUGUACGUGGGCCUAAUGGAACGCUUUAUCAUGUAUUUCUAGAAAUAUUGAGCAUUCCGGAUGUCACGUGGAAUAAAUUCCAUGUGACAUUCAUGAGAGAAGUUCGUGGUGUUCAAAGUUUAAAAAAUCCAAAAGUUGACGGAAUUAAUGCAAUAAUGAAGUGGUAAAUUGUGGUGAGUUUUGAUAUUUUUGAGGAUUGUUUAAGAACCUAUUGCAGGAGAUAAUGUUGAAUUUAGAUAAUAUUUUUGUGGGUACUCCCAUGAAUGUAAUUGCAAUUUGAAGUCCAAUUUAUUGGUGGAUUUUCUAUUAUAGUGGAAUUUGGAGUGUUUUUUUAUAGAAAUGCAAUUGACAUUUGAAAUGAUUAGAAAAAAAAUUAUAAUAAAUAGCAAGAGUGAAUUUUCAUUAAAUAUUAACACUGUUAAUUAUGAUUCGAUUUUUGUCUACAAUUUAUGCCGUAGAAAACCAACCCCUCAAUUAAAAAGAAACUUCGCUUGCAUAGUCAAGACAAUUAAAAAGAAUCAGCUCUUUACCACUUUCAUAUUGAACUAUUCUCAGAAAAAAAACAGAAAAAUUGCUCAAUACCAUUCGGAAUAAGUCUGCAUCGUUUGAACCUUGAACUACAUAAUCGAUAAGUAGGAAAGAUUAAAUUGUUGAUAAUAGUCACAAAUGUUUAAUUUUUGGUGUCAAAAAAACAUUUUUUUUCUCCCGAAUCAAUGGAAUUUCUAUCGAAACCGAGCAUUUUUUUCAGAUGGAUCGAUAAUCACAAUAUUUCGUAGAUAGUUAAGAAUUUUUUUUCAAUUGUUAAUUAAUGUUUCAUUGUUGCUCGCUAUUAUUUUUCCCUCCCCCAGCUUUAUUUCCUAUCGUCCUAUGGUUCUGGUGAAUAAAAUUGAAUGGAAAAUGGAUUUUAGAAUAAUUAAAAAACACGAGAAUUGUAUGUAAUAUAUAGAUGUAUGUGGGAUAAGUGAUAAAUUUUGUAUUUCGACCAUUUUUAGUCAAAUAUAAUAAGAUGAGUCAAUUGUUA